UGCGCGCGCAGCCGUACGGCGGAGCUGCGCAGGGCCCUUUGGGCGCAAGCGUGCUGUGCCUACGCUUGCGCAGUGCGGCCGGUCCGCCCGACAGGGUGACCCCGUUAGCGGACGGAGCUGCGAUGUUGACCAGGUUCCUGGGCCCGCGCUACCGGGAGCUGGCCAAGAACUGGACCCCGACGGCCACCAUGUGGGGUGCUGUGGGCACCGUGGGACUGGUGUGGGCCACCGACUGGCGGCUGAUCUUGGACUGGGUACCUUACAUCAAUGGCAAGUUUAAGAAGGAUGAUUAGUCAGCUGCCCCUUGUGGAACCCUCUGGUGUCUGGUGGUCCCAGAUGCUCCCACCGCAGUGCCCCUGUGUGCAGAGAGCCCCGAGGACGGACACCAAGGACACCCACAGCACAGCCUGGGACUUUCUGUGCUGCUGAACAGUUUUGAUAUUUUAAUGCACAGAGCAUUAAACCUUUACUCUCAAACCUC